AUGUCCCAACCCCACAGCAUGACCGACGACCAAGUCGCGACCGAACUGCGCAAGAUGACGGCCUUCAUCCGACAAGAAGCGCUGGAGAAAGCGCGCGAGAUCCACCUCAAAGCCGACGAGGAAUUCUCCAUCGAAAAGUCCAAACUCGUGCGCACGGAAACCUCGCGCAUCGACGCCGACUACGCCAAGCGCCACACCCAGGCCGGCAUGUCGCAGCAGAUUGCCAAAUCCACUCUCGCCAACAAAGUCCGGCUGCGGGUGCUCGGGGCGAAGCAGGAGAUGUUGAAUGACCUUUUCGAGCAAGCGGGGAAGAAGUUGAAGGAGGGGAAGCAGGCGAAGGAGGAAGGGGUGCUGAAGGGAUUGGUGUUGGAGGGCUUGUACGCGCUGAAUGAGAAGAAAGUGGUGGUGAGGUGUCGGAAGCAGGAUGUGGAGGUUGUGGGCAAGGCGGUGGAGGCGGCGAGGGGGGAGUACAAGGAGAAGAUGGGCGGGAGGGAGGUGGAGGUUGUGAUUGAUGAGAAGGAGCGGUUGCCGGAGGAUUCAGCCGGCGGCGUCUCAAUCCUAAACGGCACCGGCAAAAUCGACAUCAACAACACCUUUGACGAGCGCCUCAAACUGCUCGAAACCGACGCCUUACCCAGCGUCCGAACGACGCUGUUUGGCGAGAACAAGAAUCGCAAGUUCAAGGACUAA